AAGAAAAGUAUAGCAAAUAUUUAAAAAAGAAGGGAGUAUUGAAUAGUCUACAUUAGCUAUCCAAUCUGCUCCUCGAUUUGCCUCUCUAUACACGAGCCAGAUGCUCAAUCUUUAAUCGUUACAAUUGAAUUUAAGUAUAUUCUAUUGUUCUCCUCCCCCUGCUGGAACAAUCCAAAAUUACCACUUUUUGCCCCUUUCUUUCUCACUAACUUCGUGGCGCAAGGAGCUCGAGGAUAGCUCAAAAAUGGCGGCAGUCGCCAUGAAAGUCGGCGCUAAUUUCUCAAGAGAUUACACUUCUACUCGACCACUUUUUCUCUCCUUCAGCCGUUCUCUUUCUCCCUUCCGCUGCAGAAAUGUCUCUUUCCGGCGACUUCUACCUCUUCCUUGCCGCUUCCAAGUUAGAGCUGUCAAGCGAAGCCCUAAGCGUCUCAAAUACGCUACUCCUCGCUUCUCGAAGGAUGGUGGCGUGCUCUAUGUUGAAGUUGAUCCAUCAGGAAUAGACAGUUGGAAGCUGGAACCUGUUAUUCAGCAGCUGAAGGAAGGAGCUGUUGGUGUCAUUCCCACAGACACAGUGUAUGCAAUUGUCUGUGAUAUGAAUAAUCCCUCUGCAAUUGAGCGUCUUAGGAGGAUUAAGAAUAUUGAAACUUCCAAGCCACUUAGCAUUUUGUGUCGAUCAUUCCAUGAUAUUGAUGUAUAUACAAUGGGCUUCCCUCGUGGUGAUAGCCUUGGCCAUCCUAACAUUUUUCGAGCUGUGAAGCAAUGCCUGCCUGGACCUUACACUUUCAUCUUAACUGCAAGCAAAAAUUUACCGAAGCUAUGUCUCAAUCAUGAGCCGGGAAAUGUAAAAUAUACACCAAAGAAGAGCAUAGGUGUUCGUAUACCUGAUGAUCCUGUAACUAAGGCUAUUCUUGAGAAAAUAGAUUCACCUCUGAUAUCUACCAGUGUUAAGGCUCCAAAAGAAGAUCAGUGGAUUUUAGAUCCCAUUGUGAUUGCAGAGGUGUAUGGAAAAGAGGGCCUUGAUUUUAUUGUUGAUGCUGGCCUUAGAAUAGCUGAGCCAUCUACUGUGGUUGACAUGACUGGCAGCGUUCCAAAAAUCAUCCGUUUGGGAAAGGGACCACCACAACCUUGGAUGGUAUCUGAAGACGAGGAGGUGCUUAGAGGCUGACACUGCUACUUGAAGCAUCUGAACAUAUUAAUGCUCACAACUUUUGUACAGAUUCAGAAGUAAACUUUUUUUUUUUUUUUUAAAAAAAAUUUUGUUCACCAUGGUUAUAAUGAUAUAUGUUCAUACGGAGUACUAUAUGAGUUUAGGCAUUAGCUAAUUCCGUCAGCUGAAUUUAAAUUUGUACAUGCCGGUAUACUGUAUAGUGAGGAUCUAUCUUAUGAAUACAGCAACUUAACUUCAA